AUGGAUCUUAAUAACACUAUUCGUGUUGACCAGUCCUACACUGCUCAAAAUGAGAUGGUUAAUAUUUUUAAAAAUGACAUGUGGUUAGAGAUAAGGCCAACUUACAAUGUCUUUGAAAAGCGUGUUGACAACUACACCUGGUUCUUUCUUGCACAUCCCACUACGUUUGCUGUCAUUGACAAUUCAGUGUAUCUGCCGUUUACUAGGGCUUUAACAUGACCUUUCUAUAUGGGCCACACUAUACAUGGCAACCUCCAAAACCUGGCUGUGGAAGGAGAAAUUGUCAGGUCUAGUCGAGACAGCCUUCUCAGUAAGUCUGAGAAGUGUGCAGAUUGAAGUGCGAUUUGGAAAUUAUCUGAAGACAUUCGGCUGGUGGUCAGCCUCAAAUAAGCUGGAGUUCUUGCAGAAAAUGCAGGCUUCUAAGGAAGAGUUGUAUUUAAUACAAAACCAUUUGCACAUCUUAUUCAAGAGACAAUGUGUAAUAACCCUCAGCAAGUAGUGGAAGGCUGCUGUUUGGGUAUGGCUAUUACUUUUAAUGGGCCAACUCCCAGAAAGGCGAUAGUAAUGAUGUAUGGUGUACACUGGCUCAGGGCAUUCAUUAUUUCAACAGUAUACUGUUUUUUGUUGUUGUUGUUGUUGUUGUUGUUUUUGCUUCCAGAUGGUUCAGAAUAUGACUGAGGGCU